AUGCUGCUGCGGGUGCGCGCCGCCCUGGGGCAGCUGGCGGCGGGGCUGGGGGCGGGUGGGCAGCCCCCCGCGGAGCCCCGGGGCGGCGGGGCCGGUUCAGCGGGCGGUUCGUUCUGCCGACCGGCCUUCCUCCAGCUGAGCCCCGAGGAACUCCGCCGCGCCGACGACCACGCGGGCCGGGCGGUGCAGAGCCCCCGCGACGGCCGCCGCCGCCUGCCCUGGAGCACGGGCUACGCCGAGGUGAUAAAUGCGGGGAAGAGCCAGCACAAUGAGGACCAGGCAUGCUGCGAGGUGGUGUGUGUGGAGAGGAGGCCCAGCCCAAGGGGCCGGCUGCUGUCCCGGGAAGGUGCUGGGGAGCUGGAUGGGGGCAGGAAGGGUUUUUACUUCCACUACUGGGCCCUGUUUGAUGGCCAUGCGGGCAGUGGUGCUGCUGUCAUGGCAUCCCAGAGGCUCCACCUGCACAUCUGCGAGCAGCUCCGUGACCUCGUGGAUAUCCUGCAGGACCCCUCUCCACCUCCCAUCUGCCUCCCACCUGACCCGAGGGCUGGCCCUGCAGAGCCCAGCAGGAUGUCCCUUCCUGAGGAUGAUGGGGAGGUCCCCAAUGAUGCUGUGCCACGAUUUCACCUGGAGAAAGUGGUCUCUCAUGAGAGCUUGGUGAUCGGAGCCAUCGAGAAUGCCUUUAAGCACAUGGAUGAGCAGAUCGAGCGGGAGAGGGUGUCCCAGCGCCUGUCUGGGGGCUGCUGUGCCCUGGCUGCCGUCUACCUCAUGGGCAAGUUCUACGUGGCCAAUGCUGGUGACAGCAGGGCCAUUAUCAUCCGUAACGGGGAAAUCAUUCCAAUGUCCAGGGAGUUUACUCCAGAGACAGAGAGGCAGAGGCUGCAGUUUUUAGCAUUCCUGAGGCCAGAGCUGCUGGGGAAAGAGUUUACACACCUCGAGUUCCCCCGCAGGAUCCACCCCAAGGAACUGGGGAAGAAGAUGCUGUACCGAGACCAGAGCAUGAGUGGAUGGGCUUACAAAAAGAUAGAAGAGGAUGAUCUGAAGUUUCCACUUGUCUACGGGGAAGGCAAAAAGGCACGGGCAAUGGCCACAAUUGGGGUCACACGGGGCCUGGGAGACCACGACCUCAAGGUGUUCAGCUCUAAUAUCCACAUCAAGCCUUUCCUGUCCUGCUUCCCAGAGGUCAGGGUUUAUGACCUCACGCAGUACGAGCACUGCCCCGAUGAUGUUCUGGUCUUGGGCACUGAUGGGCUCUGGGAUGUCACCAAUGACAAGGAGGUGGCCAGCACAGUGAUGGAGGUGCUGACGAACUAUGAGCCCAACGACCCAUGCAGGUACACCAUGGUGGCCCAGGAGCUCGUGGUCCGGUCCCGAGGGGUGCUGAAGCAGCGGGGCUGGCGGAUGGCAAAUGACAAGCUGGGCUCUGGCGAUGACAUCUCUGUCUUUGUGAUCCCUCUGGGUGGUCCAGGCAACUACACAUGAUCUUGGGGCAGCAGGGCUCACCAUGUCUGGACAGGGAUGAGAGGGACUCUGGUGCUGCCUCAGGGCCACCUCUCCCCUCAGCACUUGUUUCCUGAGCCAGCCACAAGAAACCUGGAGCCUGUCUGUGCCCCUGCUCUGAGCAUCCUGCUCCACCUGCUGGAUCACAGCCCCUGGUGGAGAUGGACAGAGAGUGGGGACUGGGGUCCAGGCCUCUGUCUUUGUUGCUGUGAAAGACCUCCCCCCCCCUGGAUUCUCAUUGCUUUUCACCUCUCCCUGGGCCUGGGUGUACUGGUUCCAGCAGCGUCCAGCAGCCACUGAGCUGGUGGAGCACAAAUACCUGGAGAAGCCUGUGCCUACUGCUGCAGUCAUCUCUCCCUCUGCACUGUGACACUUGCAUCAGGGACAGUGAAGCUGCUGUGGGGCUGGGCUGGGCUGUGGCAGGGGUUCAGCCCUGCUGGCAGCUGGGCAAUGCUCAGCACAGCAGAAGUUGGGUGGUGGGUGGUGUGUGAGCCCUACAACUGACAUCUCAGCUCUGCACUCACCCUCUCUGGCCCCCCACGCCUUUGUCCCAGCCACGUACCUUGUCUGAGCCUCUGGUCUGGGAGGACAGAGUGGUGCUGAGUUCCCGCAGUGCACCCAGAGCCCCAGGAAGGAUCAAGCUAUUGCACUUGCAGUGGCUGUGCCACACGUUCUGCCCCCACCCUUCUUCCUGCCUUGGAUCACUGCUGUGUUUCUGGAGCCAAUUAUUUAUUAUUAACUGGAGAGCCGAGCUGGAAAAUGUCUAAAUCCUUUCUUGGUGUGGUCAGUCAGUAUGAAUAUAUGUCUAUAUUUUUGAGUGGUUCUAAGUUGGCAGCAGCUGCACGCAGAGCAGCAGCCCUAUUCAGCCAAGCUUAACAGCUUAAAUGUGCUGCAUGGAUCUGCUUAGCAGAGUGCUGGGUACUCAAAUAAAAGCAGCUUGGUUGUGGCUGGGGCAGGGGGGAAAGACAACUCCCUCCUUUUUCUUACUAAUCUCAUAGUGCUGAGCAGAGCUGUUGCAGCAGUUGAUCUCUGCUCAGGGGCUUAUUUUGCAUCACACAAACCUUUUGCCUGGAGGAUGUGUUUCCUGAGCCUCUGCAGAGUGUUGCUUCCCCCCCAAAAAAAAAAUACUGAGGAAUAGUCCCAUCCUGGCAGCGUGGUUAUGGGGAUUGCAGGGCCAUGGUCCCUUGGUUUGGAAAGGCUCGGUGGCACCAGUUGUUCAUGUCCUGCUGCCACUGGGUGCAGCCAGCUCUUGUCAAGUGUCACCUCUGCUGUAUGUUUGCCUCUUAUAAUCAGUGAGAUGUAAAUUAACGGGGUGCACUUAAUAGGAAGUGAAAGUUAUCCAGCAAGAUUUUAAACUUGACAUCUUCUGUGCUGAAGGGAGUAGGGUGUGGUAGCAGGGCUGGGAGCCUGUCCUUGCAUAGCACUGUGUGUUUAAAUAAAGGUUUUGCC